ACAACGUCUGGGUGACGGAAUUAAUAAUAGUCCCGGCGGUAGCGGUGUUGUAAAUAGAUUAUCGAUCAAAGGCGCUGCUGGAAAUCAACAAGCUCGAUAUUCUAUUAAAGGUGAAGGAGGUCCUGCUACCAUCACUGUUAACAAUUUAGCGCCUGGUACAAGUGCAAAUGAUAUUAAGGUUGCAUUUAUGGAAUUUGGUGAAAUUUCUACAAUGAACGUAGAUGAAAGAUUUCCUGCUAAUCCUGUAAAGGCUGAAUUAACUUUUGAAAGUAAAGUUUCAGUGCUUGAUGCAAUAAAGAAAUAUAAUACUGCACUUGUUGAUGGCUAUGUUCUUAAAGUUCAAUUAAAGCAGCCAGGAAACAAUUCAAAUACUGGUGCUGCAACAUAUAGAGCGAGAGGAAAACUUAAUAAACCUCCUGUUAGAGCUAAUGGAAAAUUACAUUCUGAUCAAUUACUUUCUGGUCAAAAAAAUAAACGCAUGGCUGGCAGUAAUAAAAGGAAAUAA